AGAAAAGUCCAGCAUGGUAGCAUCAGUGCUUCGGCCACAGUGCAAGGAUUAUUACCACCAUGAAAUUAUUUGUGCUCGUCUCGGCAGUGACGGCAUUAGCCUCUGCCCGUCCUGAGGCAGGUUACUCCUACAGUCCGCCAUCCGGCAGCUACGGUGCCCCAUCAGGAGGCGGUGGCAGCUUCGGGGGUGGACACGGAGGCGGCGGCGGUGGCCACGGAGGUGGUAGCUUCGGUGGAAGCUUCGGAGGUGGUAGCGGUGGUGGAUACAGCGGAGGCGGUAGUGGUGGCGGAUACAGCGGAGGCGGAAGCGGGGGUGGAUUUGGAGGCGGAUUCGGAGGCGGAUUAGGAGGUGGAUUAGGAGGUGGAUUCGGAGGCGGUUUCGGAGUGAGCGGCGGAGGCGGUGGUGGCGGCGGCGGCAGCUUCGGUCUGUCCAGCUACGCACCUCAGGCUCCUCUAGUCCAGAAACACAUCUACGUCCACGUACCUCCCCCAGAGCAAGAGAUCAUCUCCUCUAGACCUAUCGCUCCUCCUCCUCCACCCCAGAAACACUACAAGAUCAUCUUCAUCAAGGCACCCACACCUCCCACACCUACCGCACCUGUCAUCCCUCAACUGUCCCAGGACUCCGAGAAGACUCUGAUCUACGUGUUGGUCAAGAGGCCCGAGGAAGCCCCAGAGAUCACCAUCCCCACGGCCGCACCCACAGCACCAUCCAAGCCCGAGGUAUACUUCAUCAGGUACAAGACACAGAAGGAGACAAGCGCUGUUGGAGGCGGAUCAGUUGGAGGUGGAAUCGGUGGAGGAAUCGGAGGCGGAAUCGGAGGUGGCAUCGGAGGCGGCAUUGGAGGUGGUAUUGGAGGUGGUAUUGGAGGAGGAAUCGGAGGCGGACUCGGCGACGGUCUAGGAGGCGGACACGGAGGCGGCAUUGGCAUUGGAGGCGGACACGGAGGCGGCAGCACCGGACCCUCAGCACCCUCCUCCAACUACGGACCCCCCGGAGCCAGCGGCCCCUACUAGACUCUCACACGACUGACCGGCCUCUGAGCGCCCCAGGGCUCCAACCUCACUGCCAUGGAGCCCCGGGGCACCUAGCGGCAACCAUCCAUGUACAGGUUAAACUCGCUUAACUUGGUGGAACUGUAUAAUAUUGUAUAAUAACAAAGGUGUGUGUUUUACCUUGCAACAAAAAACACGGUGGCAAAUAAAUGUAUUUUUAUAAAAAAAAUUA